CAAACAGAAAAAAAUGCCACUUUCAGACACCAUUAAAAACAUGGAAGCAUAUAGUCUCGUCACAGACGACGUCAUUGAUCGCAUUCGUUUUGAAAAUUUCAAAGAUAAAAAAUUCAAGGAAGCUAAAACGAUAAUUAAUAGAAUAUUCAGACGUGAUUUGUAUAAAUGUGUCGUAGAGAGGACAGUUGCAAGGGUAGAGAAGUGUAGAGAAAGCAGAGUCUAUCAAGAUAGAAUUGAGAAAUGGGACAUCCACAUUGAGCCAAUUGUAUUCAGUUAUGGAGCUCAAAGGAAAAACCCUAUGGACAAAGUUCUCUUUGAUAUCGGAGGUACCGAAGUGAACCCAACUGAAGAGAAAUCUGCCAUGCUACCUAGAGUCUUUGAGGAAACUUACUUACGCAUGUACUGGAAAAAAUCCUCUGUAAAAGGGAAUGGAUUCGAAGACGCAAAAAAUUGGUUUAAAAAUCUAAAAGAAUUCAAAUUGGCUGGAAAGCGGUAUCAUCUCCGUCUCAAACCAAAGCAAAAGAAAGUACGGCGACUUGGUGCCAAGAACAAAGGGACUAGGCAUACACCGCGCCAUCGACAAAGGGAAAACUAACUCUGUAUAGUUUCAAUUGGUUCUUGUGCAACAUUUCAUCCGUCUUUGAUUGUCUUGAGUA